AUGGUAUGUGCCCCCGCCGUCCUCAUCGAACGCUGUGCGCUGAGACGCGUCCUCCAGUCCACUCAGACCCGUCACGAAGCCGUCAUCGUCGCUGCGUCCAGGACGCCAGUGGGAUCGAUUAACGGUGCCUUGAAGACCGUCACGGCCCCCCAGCUCGGUGUUGUCGCCCUCAAGCGUGCGUUCGAGCAGUCGGGUGUCAAGCCCGAGGUCGUCGAGGAGGUUUACUUCGGUAACGUCGUCCAGGCCGGUGUCGGCCAGUCUCCCGCACGGCAGGUCGCGCUCGGCGCAGGCCUGACCACGCGCUCGGAUGCGACGACGAUCAACAAGGUCUGUGCGAGCGGCCUCAAGGCGAUCAUGCUGGCUGCCCAGAGCAUCGAGUCCGGCUACAAGAGCGUCGUGGUCGCGGGCGGUAUGGAGAGCAUGAGCAACGCACCGUUCCUCCUACCUCGCCAGAACCCCGUGUUCGGCAAGUUCACCACCAAGGACUCGCUCGAGACCGACGGUCUUUGGGACGUGUACAACGAGUUCGCGAUGGGCAACUGCGGCGAGUCGGCGGCUGAGAAGCACGGUAUCCCCCGUGAAUCACAGGAUGCGCACGCCAUCGAGUCGUACAAGCGCGCGGAGCGUGCAUGGAAGGCCGGUGUGUUCGACGCUGAGCUCGCGCCCGUCACCAUCAAAGGCAAGAAGGGCGACACCAUCGUGAAGGAGGACGAGGAGUACAAGCGUGUCAUCUACGAGAAGAUCCCCACCCUCAACCCUAGCUUCAAGAAGAACGGUGGCACCAUCACGCCCGCAAACUCCUCGAGUCUGAACGACGGCGCGUCCGCGCUCAUCCUCAUGUCCGCGGAGAAGGCGCGCGAGCUCGGUGUCAAGCCGCUCGCGAAGGUCAUCUCAUAUGCCGAUGCGGGUGUGGACCCGAUCGACUUCCCUGAGGCGCCCACCUUUGCCAUCCCCAUCGCGCUUGAGAAGGCAGGCCUGAAGGUCGAGGACAUCGCACACUUCGAGAUCAACGAGGCGUUCUCUGUAGUCGUCCGUAUCGCCGAGAAGAAGCUCGGCAUCGACCCCGCGAAGGUCAACCCCCACGGUGGUGCGGUCGCGCUCGGCCACGCUAUCGGCAACUCUGGUUCUCGUAUUGUUGUCUCUCUGGUGCACUCGCUUAAGUCGGGCGAGUACGGUGCUGCGGGUAUCUGCAACGGGGGUGGUGCUGCGUCCGCGCUGGUUAUUCAAAAAUUGUAA